AUGAAUGGUGGGGAUGGAAAGUACAGCUACAGCUACUCUGUUCACUCUUUUAAUCAGGCCCAACAGAAACAACCUAAGUCAGCAGAAAUUCAAGUUUACUUUAGUGAUUUGGUGUCAAAUGAUUUCAUUCAUCUCUUUGCCCGUCUCCCGCAAGAUAGGCAAUAUUUUGCGGCUGGAGUUCCGGGAUCUUUUCAUGGAAGAUUGUUUCCUAAAGCCUCCCUAGAUUUUGUUUACUCUCAAUGUGCUUUCCAAUGGCUUUCUAGGGUACCACCGGAGUUACUUGACUCCAACUCACCUGCAUUUAACAAGGGGAGGAUUAUGUAUGGAAAUUCGGCUAGUGAAGUUGGUCAGGCAUUUUCGGAUCAGUAUGCCAAGGACAUGCAGUCUUUUUUUGAUGCUCGAGCCCAAGAGCUUGCUCCUGGAGGGUUAUUGUUGUUCUUGAUUCCAGGGCGUCCAGAUGGAACUGUUCCGGCACAACAUUCCUUUCAUCCGCUUUUUGAACCCAUGGAGUCUAGUCUAUCCGAUAUGGUUAAUGAGGGUUUAAUAAGUGGAGAUAAACUUGACUCUUUCAACUUGCCUAUCUACUCUCCAUCCAUGGAAGAGCUAAGGAAGAUAAUAGAAAACAGCGACUGCUUUGAUGUAUUAAGGUUGGAGAUCCAAUUACCUGAGAGGGCAACCCCUUUGCGCAGUGAGCAUGCCAGAUCAGGCUUUGAGAAAAUUCUCAUCAAACACUUUGGGACUGAAAUUAUAGAACCACUUUUCGAUCGAUACUCCAAGAAAGUAAAAGGUCGUUCUCCCAUUACUUCUUGUGAUGGUAUGGCUGUUGGAUUGUUCGUCCUUCUCAAGCGCAAUCCUUAAUUGUUCGGCAGCUAGGCAUGCAUAUGCUUAUUAAGUUAUGUAUUCAUAUUACAUGCUUAGGAGGAGUUGUUGUAUUGUUUUACGAUAUGCAUUGUCAUUGUGUGUUUAUUUGCAUUUUGCAAGAAACCAAAACGAGCUUUUGGUUGAAAUAAUGAAACAACAGAUAUAACAUUUGUUUUCGCAUAGUCUAUAAGUCUAUAUAUUGAAACAAGUUCCUUGCAUA